AUGCACCCAUUUCUGCAGCGAGCAGCCUUGAGCCUUUUUGAGCAACGUCGCCAAGCUCGUGAGCGUAGAGACUACCUCUACCGCAGAGCUCUCCUGCUCCGCGAUGCUUCAGUAGCAGAAAAGCGCGCGAAGCUGAAAGCUUCUCUUGCAUCCGGGAAGCGGUUAGAGCCUUCUGUGGCUAAUGACAAAACAUUGCGAGAAGACUUCAAAUACGAUGAAUCCCUUCCAACACACUCGAAACAGCCUAACUCCAAAGAUUCCGAUAUGAUGGACCUCGACGACGAAUAUGUUCUCACAUCCGGCAUCGUGGACCCUCGACCUCUCAUUACCACCUCCCGUUCUCCUUCUACACGCCUUAGCACCUUUGCCAAAGAGAUGCGGCUACUAAUCCCCACUUCAAUACGGAUAAAUCGAGGGAAUAUAGUCAUUCCUGAUCUGCUCGCAAGCGCGAAGACAUCCGCACUUUCGGACAUGAUCAUCCUACACGAGCAUCGCGGCACACCUACUGCGAUAACUGUGUCUCAUCUUCCUCAUGGCCCAACUGCCAGUUUCUCAUUACAUAAUGUCAUGCUACGAGCAGAUAUUCCAAACUCAGCACGGGGAACCGUGUCGGAAAGUUAUCCUCACCUAAUUUUUGAAGGGUUUACUACCAAGUUAGGGGCCCGCGUCGUUAAAAUUUUGAAACAUAUAUUCCCUCCGCGGGAAGCAAAUGGGAAGCUCGGCAGUAGGGUUGUUACGUUUAAAAAUAUUGAGGACAGUAUAGAGGUGCGACACCAUGUCUUCGUUAAGACCGGGUACCAAUCAGUUGAACUAGCCGAAGUCGGGCCGCGUAUGACAAUGAGGCUAUUUCAAAUCAGAGGAGGGACAUUAGAGAAAGAUUCCGGUGGCGAAAUCGAAUGGUCACUGAAUCAGUAUACAAGGACGAGCAGGAAGAAGGAUUAUUUGUGA